UCAGGUGUCUCAGGUGUCUCCUCGCUGCGGAUUUGUUGGAGUAUAGUUUUAGUAGGCUACCUCACAGAAGGAGUUUAAAGUUUGAACACACACGGUGAAACUUUAAACUGCUAACAUUUCUGUUCUAAUGUGUCGGAACAACUCUGAAAACUUUGUGUGAAAAGAUGAGCGGCGACGUGACGCGGACUGUGGAGAAAGGAGAGCAGGACGACCAGACUAACGACCCAUGCAGGCGGCUUAGACUCACUCUGCAAGAUCGAGACCGGUCAGGCUACAACUCAGAGCAGCACGACAGAAAGGAGAGCAGCAUAGCAGUAGUUCUGCCACAUAAACAAGAGGGGCAGGAAGAAACACUUAAACGCAUCAUUCCCACUGAAGAAAAAGUUGAAGUUGAAGUCAUCAAGGUUUACCUCGAAGCCCGUCCAGAGACAGCAGAGAGCGUCAGGAUGCUGACAGACGAGGUGUCGCAGAUUCAGGAGGUGAGGUACUGUCUGAAGACUCUGAGGGAGCAGAUGGCAGCCAGGCAGAACAGUAACAACAACAAGUUUCCAGUUAACGGCUUCAACGUGCCCAGAAACCUACCAGUCAUCACUAACGGCAACACAAUUCUCAUUGACUCAGACACCGAGGUCGAGGAUAAUCAGGAGGAGAGCGUGAGGCUUAGGGAGGCAACCCGCCGUCUGUACACGCAGCUGAAGGAGAUGGAGAACAGGCACCAGGAGGAGAAGGCGGCGCUGCAGGCCGAGUCAGAAGAGUAUCGCAUCCGUCUGGCCGAGCAGACCGAGCGGCUGCAGAAGGCGGACGAGCUGGCGGAGGAGAGGGGGCAGCAGGUGGAGGAGCUGCAGAGGCUGCUGGGAAGCAUGGAGAUCGAGGGCAACAUCCUGAAAGACAAGAUGGCCGCCGGGGAGGCAGAGCUGCUGCAGCUUCAUGCGGACAGAGAGGGAGGGGAGGAGAAGGAGCAGAGAUGUGAAGAGCUGGAGAAGAAGUUGGCCAUCCUGAAGGAAAAGAUUCAUCACCUCGACGACAUGUUGAAGAGUCAGCAGAGGAAACUCCGCCAGAUGAUCGAACAGCUGCAGAACUCCCGAACGGUGAUCCAAGAGAGAGAUCGAGUCAUCAGCGAUCUGGAGGAAAAGGUGGCUUUCCUGGAAGCUGAGAACCGAGAAAUGCAUGACCACAUGGAGUACUUCCUGGCAGGUCAGGACCCUCCCCCCCUCACGUCCUCAGAGAACAAGCCAGAGGUUGUCUACAGUAGACCACUCACACCGAUGACAUCGACCAACAAGGUCCUCCCGUUCAUCAAAGUCAUUGAGAUCAUGUCCUGAAUGAGCAGUCACCCAUAGAAAAGAUUGUUGUAAAUAGAUAUGUAACCAUCUACCUAUACAUAAAGCACAGGUCAGCAGUGAUUCAAAGAGGCUGAUGUUAGCAGACCUCAUGGUGACAAAGCACACUGCUCUUCAGUUUGAGGCUGCUCUGCACGCCUUCACCGACUGUUGCAGUUUCAAACAGAAUCUAAAAGUGGAAAGUUAAAAAAGGAAUUCAAGGUAUCCUAAAAAAAGGAAACAAGGAAGGAGCUUAGCAAUGCAAAGAAAUGUUUUUACCAAACUCCUUAUGCGCUUUGUCAGCACUUCUUAGAGAUGCAGGAAUUCAGUAAAGUUCUCUGUGUCGACACGUUUCCCUCUGCAGGAUCAGAAAUGAGUAAAGCGAUGGGUCACAGUUAAAUAGUUUUUUAUAUUGUGAAAGUCUCUGUUACACAUCCACACAGAAAAAAAAAAUGUACCAAUAGAUGCAUCAUGUUGUGUGUGUUAAUCACUUGUUGGUCGUACAGGCUUGCUCCCUGGCGGGGGCCGGGCUCAGGUCACAUUCCUCAGUGCUUCACACCACAUUGCCAAUGGCAGGCAGGACGUCGCUAACUUUGAGAUAUGAUUUAUAUUUAACUUCAAUACAUUUCUCUGACAUGAGACUGGGUUGAAUAUUGUAAGAGUGAUCAUAUGAUUUUUAUCAUUAACAUAAUGAACUAUUUUAUUUUCUCAAUGAUCCAGGCUUCUUGUAAAGCUAGAGGUUAGUUUGCUGCCAAGUCUUUCCUUAAACGUCUUUCUGUUACGUCAUGCUUUUUAAUAAAACGUUAUAUAUUUAAAAACUCUUCAUAAACUGCUAAACUUACUUUUUCACACAUCUAUGCAUUGUUUGUACAGACCUUUAUCUUUUUUUUUAGUUGUAUACUUUAUGGACGGCCAUAAAACUGUACAUGUGUUACAUUUGACUGUGAACAUUGUAGAUAGAUGCAUUGAAGUUUCUGUUUCCUUUGUAAACAUUUCUGACGUCAUAGAGGUCUGCUUUAUCUGUUGUGCACGUGAAGCCUAAACCUGCAUCUUCUCUCCUGUUACCCUAAAUUAUCUUGUUCUGCCCCCUAGUGGACAUAAUAAAAACACUGAAUAUGAA